AUGGAUUUAGCUGUGGGCACUCCAUUAUACAUUGUUGGUCAGGAGUGUGGCUAUUGCCAUGGCAAGAAAGAUCCAGAUCUCCAAGCCUAUUCACUGGCCUCGUACGAGGAGAAAUACAAAGCCGGAGUUGCCCCAUUUCAGGGGUACCCGACCCCUGGUAUGAUCUGUUGUCAUGUCUACAUGAGCACACCCGAAGUUUACGAGUCAAUGAUGAACAGGGGCUUUAGACGCUCGGGCAGUUUCCUGUACAGACAAGAUCCCUUACGUGGAUGCUGUCGAUCAUACACCAUCAGAUCUAACUUGCAUAUGCUCCGCCCUUCCAAAGAUCACAGACACACAGUUAACAAAUUCGUAAAGUAUAUUUGUGGAGAGCCGAAAAAAGGGAAGAACGAGCGAUUUGAUCUCCACAGUAUUAUCAUACAAUCAGAACUGAGCACAGAGCGGUUCAGAUCAGUGAUUGGACCGCCAAAAUUUACCCCUGAAAAAUAUGCACUGUAUUUCAAAUACCAAACCACUAUUCACAACGAAGACCCCAAGGAGGUAAGCGAGAAAGGAUUCAAGAACUUUCUAUGCGAGUCUUCUUUCCCCAUGGAAUAUGGCGAAUUGAGACCGGAAUCGUAUUGGGAACGUCUCAACACUUGGAGAACCAAGAAGCUGUCCACCAUCAGAGGACUUCCAAUUGAAGGACCUGUUCAUGAGUGCUACUACAUUGACGACAAACUGGUUGCUAUUGCUGUUCUGGACUUGUUGCCCGAAUCCGUGUCAUCGGUGUACUUCAUUUGGGAUCCAGACUACGCCCAUCUCAGUCUCGGCACACUCAGUGCUCUGAGAGAAUGCGUUUUAACCGAGCAGCUUUCGAAAAAAUACUACUACUUGGGUUAUUACAUUGAUGACUGUCAGAAAAUGCGGUACAAGGCCAAGUUUGGCGGCGAAAUACUCGACGUCACAUCGUUGAAGUAUUACGAGCUCGACAGAUUGAAGACCGUCACCAAUUGCAAUGGACUUAUCGCCAUGAGCACAGAUGCCAGUCCCAAAGAGGAGAUUUUUAUUCCACCAACCAAUACGAUCGGGCUUCUGGACGAUAAAUCCAACGUUGCCGAACAUCUCUAUGGAGUUAAUGGAGUUGGGUUUGCAGCCAGUGAGAAAACAGCUAAAAGUCUUGGUGGACAUUUCGGAUUAGAGUUUUACAACAAACAGACCGAUGCAGAUCUAUGGAAACCAUGCUCAGAUCCCUAUGCAACCAAGCUGCCUUUGGUGUGUCCCGGUCUUCUCCCCUUGAGGCAGGUUUCCGAAGAUUUGGAGCGGGGGAAAUUGGCAUUACUUUUCCGCUAUUGUUUCAUCUUGGGCGAAAGCAGCCAGCAUCUCGAGCUGUUUAAUUUCAAAGAUUCGGAAUACGGUGAACACCGGGAACAUUUUCUGAACCUUCUACGCAUGUUCGGGGCUGAAUUGUUCCUAAAUAAUAAAAUAGCACUCAUAUCGUGA